AUGGUUAUGCCAGUUUCUUAUUAAAGAAUGAAUUAUCUGCAAGAAGCAAAUAAUAGAAUUGUAUUAAAUAUUGAUUAUAACUGUAUGAUAUUGUUAAAGUGUUACUUUUUNGUUCUUCUCUCCUAAUGGUACUAUAUUAGCAUCUGGUAGUGAUGAUAAAACUAUACGAUUGUGGGAUGUUAAGAAAGGAUAGCAAUAAUUAUAAUUAGAUGGUCAUUAUAGUUCUGUUAAAUCAAUCUGUAUCUCUCCUGAUGGUACUAAAUUAGCAUCUGGGAGUGGUGAUAAAUCUAUCUGUUUAUGGGAUAUUAAGACUGGAUAAUAAAUAUCUAAAUUAGUUGGUCAUAGUGAUUAUGUCCGAUCAGUAUGCUUCUCUCCUGAUGGUACUUAAUUAGCAUCUGGCAGUGAUGAUAAUUCUAUUCGAUUAUGGGAUGUUUAGUAAGGAUAAUAAAAGGCCAAGUUGGAGGGUCAUAAUGGUUGUGUACUAUCAGUAAGCUUCUCUCCUGAUGGAACUUAAUUAGCAUCUGGCAGUGAUGAUAAAUCUAUAAGAUUAUGGGAUUGUAUAAAAUAACAAUAAAUUUAACCCUCAGAUAAAAGUUAAACAGAUAUUGUAGCUCAAUUUAAAACAUCUCUUUUUCCAAAUCUAUCUUAUGAAGAAGGUGGUAUUUAUUUUCAUUUUAUUAGUUAGUUCUAAUAUUACAAUUCUUCUUAUAUACAAAUAUCCUAUAUUUUAAGCAUUUGGUUCUUUAAUCUUUAAUGGAGAAUUCAUAACUCAUUAAGGUAUUGAUUUAAAGUAGCUACUAUCAUAAUCUGGAGGUUAUGUUUUGCAACCAUAAUAGAAGACUAUUUUAAUUUGA